AUGGAUCAUAUCCGCCGCUACAACGUCGAGCGCUCGUGCCUGCGCUGCCAUGAGCGCAAGGUCCGUUGUGACAAGGGCAUCCCGUGCAACAAAUGCGUGCGCCUUAACGCGACUUGUCAAUACCCUGGUCCGAGGCGGGCCAAGCGCCGGCCGCCGAAGACUACGGUGACGGAUGUCGUGGCGCGGUUGGAGCAGCUGGAGCGCUCGAUUACCACGCUGGCCAGUAGUACGAUGGCGGGUGCAGCGGGGGAGAUCAUUCAGGCUCUGACGGGCUCGAGUACGCAGAAUGGCCCCGUCUCGUUGUCGUCGAGUCAGUCUGUUGCAGCUCCGAGUAGCCGGCCGGCCGGAGAUGAAGAGGCGCACCAUGGGUUUCUGGUGAAGGAUGGGUGCUAUAUUGAUGAACCGCUGCUGUCGAGAGUACUCGAAAAAGAGAAAGACCUGCAGGCCGCCAUGAGAUCUCCUAGUACGGAAAACCCGAUCUCCAGGAAACCGCCACCGCUCAAGGUCGACGGGAUCAUCACCAAUCCAGUCUUGCUCCAGGCGGAUUUCAGAGCGCUGUAUCCCACUCGCUGGCAGGCUAUGCUGCUCUGGCAGACAUUCUUGAGCCGGGUUGACCCUGUGCUAAAGGUGAUUCAUGUUCCAACGACCAUGCCGCGCAUUUUCACGGCCAUUAGUCGGCCUGAUGCUGUGCGGCCGGAUGUGCACUGCCUGCUCUUUGCUAUCUUCUUUGCUGGCACGACGGCUCUUGUGUCGGAUGAUCCUGCCAACGAGGAGACCCGUGGCGAUCUGCGGCGAUAUCAGCAGGGCCUGGAGCUGGCAAUGCACCACUCCUCGUUUCUAGACUCUCCCACUGUGACGUCGCUGCAGGCAAUGGCAAUAUACCUCGUGAGCAUUUUCCAGCCCGGCCCAGCCCAGUUCUCCCACAAGCUCCAAUGUUCGUCUAACAAUAUCUCCCAGACAUGUCUCCGCUACACAAACAGCGGCCGCUCUGGCUUCACCCUCCGCGGCCUCACCAUCCGCGCCGCGCAAUCCAUCGGGCUCCACCGCGACGGCAAACACUUCAAGCUCCCCCCGCUCGAAUGUGAACUCCGGCGCCGCCUCUGGUGGAUUCUGUACACGACCGACGCCCGCAUGGCCGAAGAUCACGGCAUAACAGUCUCAGAGCAAGACUUCGGCGCCGAUACCGACCUUCCCACAAACAUAGACGAUCAGCACCUCACCGAGACCAUGACCACCGCCGCUCAAUCGCUCCCCCGCUGGACCGAAAUGACCUUCAUCCUAAUCAUAUCCGAAAUAAACCGCAUGUGGGUAGCCAUCGCCCGCACCACCACGUCCUCCCCCGACGGCUCCUACGCCGACGAGCUCAUCUCCGACCUCAAAGCCCGCCUACACGACCGCUACCUCCAGCACGCAGACAUGGACAUCCCCAUCCAGCGCCAAGGCGUGAUGGUCGCGCAAGUGCUCCUGUCCAAGGUGGAGGUGCACAUGCGCCAAAAGGCCCUCCAAGUCCGCGGCACCGCAGUGCCCUCCGCCGACUAUGACGCCUCUCAGGCCCUGCUCGCUAGCGCGUGCCACGCCCUCGAGCUCGGGCUUGAAAUGUACUGCGAUGGCCUGCUCUGCGGCACGCGCUGGCUUACUUCCACCUAUACACAAUAUCACCUACUCACCUAUAUCUUGUGGCAUUUGUGCGUGGACCCGAGCGGCCCGCAUGUGGAGCGUGCAUGGCGCGAUGUCAAUCGACAUUUCGAGCUUGCGGAGAAUGAUCCCUCGUGGCCGGAUCUGGGGCCCAAGUGGCCCUUGCUGGCGGGGUUGAGGGCUAAGGCGUGGCAGUGUAGGCAGGCGCAGGCGGUACCGGAGCAGAGGGUGCCAGUGUUCCCAGAGGGCGGUGCCGACAGAGCUGCUGGCACCGCUGCUGUUGCGAGUAUGGGCGGUGCUGCUGGGACUGGAACUGGAACUGGGACGGGGACUGGGACCGCGGCUGGUGCGAUAGAUGAGGGGGUUGUGCAUAGCACCGAGGCACUGCUUGAUAUGAACAACUGGGAUCUGAAUUGGCUGGAUUUUCCGGAUUGGAAUUAUCUGGCGCAGAGCAUUGCGAUUCUGGGACAUGAGGGCGGGAAUUCUUGA